GCCCACUUGGCUCCCCCCGCUUGUCUUUACCCUGGGCCGCCUACGGCCAAGCUUUAGGCCUUCAAUCUGUCAAAUUGCCGCUCGACGACUUCGUGCCAUGCGAGUGUUCUCUCUCCGUCACAGGCCAAGCGCACUCUUGUUAGUAUUUUGUCCACGAGAGCCUGUUUUGGUACUUGCUGAGGCGGCAUAAGUAACACUCCCCUUUCAUCCUCUGUGUAGACAAGUCCUAAUGAUGUCCAGAGAAGUUAUCGAGCUGAGCAGCGACGACGAUGACGACACCGACGAAGCCCUCCCUGUCACAAAUAACCUCCACACAGGUCCGAGCUACACACAGCGGUCGCGCGCGAAUGUUAUCGAUUGUGGGCGCGACGGCAAGGAACGGAACUCCGAUACGCCCGCGCUAGCGGAAGUCGACAGUGAAGACGCAAAGACAGCCGCCACUGAUCCCAACGGCAGCUUUCACGCAACCAGACGGAAGCGCAAAUUCUUGCACCAUAACCUGAAUGAAGAUGACAUUCAGAGCUCUCAGACAGCAGCCGCCGCGGAGGAUCUCCAGCCUUCGGUAAGAAACACCACGAUGCGCAGGGUCCAUUUGGGAGAUUCCGUCAAGGCCUUGCUCGGCACCUGGAGAGGCUCGCCUGUUCCCCAGCCCAAUCGCAGGCAUGCCGUUACUGGCUCCAUUGACGUGCGCGAUCGUCUUCGCACCCGCGUACAGCCUUUCACCACGGCAGGUGAGCCCAUUACGGACUAUGGGCUUCCACCAGAACCCAGCGCCAACUGGGUCAAGUUCAAAUGGAUCGUCUUCGCCGAUCACCUCGUCGGAUUGGAUAACUUACAGAUCAAGGAGUAUGUCCGACUUGUGACACAGCAAAACGAGGCAAAUGAAACGUCGGAUGCAGACCUCAUCAGGGAGGCCAUAGCUCGCGCCAAGGCGAACCAUGCAUAUGACAAUCUCACAGUGACUCUGUCCAUCGCGCAUGGCUUGGAACUGCCAGACCAGAGAAAUUCUUGCGCCAAACGCAAGCACCGCAAGACCACCAGCACGGACAUGGCCGAGAUACCUAGCGGGCGUAAUCUCCAUCACAGCCUCACCGAGAAGGACCUUCAAUCCGUUCGGCAGGCCGCUAAAGCCCGUGCCAAGAUUCCAGCCGCUGAGUUGAUCAAAGCCAAAGCGAAGGAUCAGCUUGGCAAAGCGGAGGCCGCUCAGGUCCGCGUUGAGAGGCACGGGAAGAGCCGAGAGCGGCUCGCGGCGGCGGCGGCAGCAGCAGCAGCAGCGGCAGCAUCGACGUUAAAGUCUCCCACCAACGGUUGCGCUCUGAUCUACGAGCCCGGCAACUUGCAGCGACCGGAUGAUCAACAGGCGCGUUUGGAGGCACUGCCAAUAAGAGCUGGUGCCAGGGACGACAAAUUCUACAACGGCGUCAAGUAUGAGCGCAAGUCUACGGGCCUUUUUAUUGGCAAGCUCGCCUCACGGGGCACCAUCAUCAACAUUGACGGCGAGGACUAUGUGGAGUAUCGCGUCCUCACCAAACCUUCAUCAUUCUAAGAUCGCAUAUGCAACGCAAGCAUGGUUCUUGGGCUCAAUACGGGUUUGGCAUCUUAGUAUAGUGGCGCUGGAAAAGAAUGUAGGGCUGUUGCACUGCAAUGACCUAUGUGUUCUCGGUUCGAAGGGGAGGAGGUUAGGUUCUAGAGUAGGAUAGGUCGUGGAUGGAGGCGGCGGUGUUAUGCAGGAUACCUAGACACGGUCGAGGCAGCGCAUGUGGCAGAGAAUUUCGCAGUUAGCUCAUCAUUCUAACUCAGGCUGCAUCAUUAAAAGCCCAUUUCGGUAAU